GUAACUAGGGGGAGAGUGGUUGUUGGUUAAGGCGGAAACUUGGGGUCUUGUGCCAAGGCGAAGAGCUGAUCCCAGUCAUAUGAGGAGAUUUUAUACUCUGAUGGAAGUGCUUCUGGUACUUGCAUCGAUUGGCGAAGCUCCAUGGGCUGUCAUGGGCAGCUCACAUUGCAAGCAAACAAGCUCAGGGAAAGUUCGACCCCAUAGUGUCACCAUAACUGAAUUUGGAGCUAUUGGAGAUGGGAUCACCCUCAACACGAAAGCAUUUCAGAAUGCCAUGUUCUAUCUCAACUCAUUUGCUGACAAGGGUGGGGCCCAGCUUUUUGUCCCGGCCGGCCGAUGGUUGACUGGAAGCUUUAUUCUCAUCAGUCAUCUAACUUUAUCAUUACAUAAGGAUGCUGUAAUUCUUGGAUCAAUGCAUUCUUAUGAUUGGCCAGUUGUUGAUCCUCUUCCUUCAUAUGGUCGAGGUAGGGAAUUGCCUGGUGGAAGGCAUCGAAGCCUCAUUUAUGGAUGUAAUCUCACAGAUGUUGUUAUAACAGGUGAUAAUGGAACCAUUGAUGGUCAAGGAAGUGUCUGGUGGAACUGGUUUAAUAAUGGAACCCUGAACUACACUCGGCCCCAUCUAAUUGAGUUAAUGAAUACGACUGGCGUGGUCAUCUCAAACUUGACCUUCUUGAACUCACCAUUUUGGACCAUCCACCCUGUAUAUUGCAGCCAAGUUCUUGUCCAGAAUGUCACUAUCAUAGCUCCUCUUGAUUCACCAAACACAGACGGGGUUGAUCCAGACUCAUCUAAUGAUGUCUGCAUUGAAGACUGCUACAUCAGCACGGGUGAUGAUCUGAUCUCCAUAAAAAGUGGGUGGGAUGAGUAUGGCAUUUCAUUUGCUCGACCCAGUUCAAACAUUAUCAUCAAAAACAUUGCUGGAGAAAGCUUAUCAAGCUCUGGAGUUGCAAUUGGAAGUGAAAUGUCAGGUGGCAUAUCAGAAGUUUAUGCAGUGGGCCUUCACUUCUUCAAUUCGAACACUGGCAUUAGAAUAAAGACAUCUCCAGGACGGGGUGGUUUUGUAAGGAACAUCUAUUUUUCAGACAUAACAUUGACCAAUGUAAAGAGAGCGAUCAGGUUCACAGGCCAGUAUGGUGAGCACCCAGAUGAGUUUUAUGAUCCAAAUGCUCUCCCUAUCAUAGAAAAUAUUACCAUCAAAGAUAUCAGAGGAGAAAACAUCAGAACUGCAGGCCUUCUAGAAGGCAUAGAAGGGGAUAAUUUCUUCAACAUUUGCCUAUCCAACAUCACACUCAACGUAACCACAACAACCCCAUGGAACUGUUCAUAUGUUCAAGGCUUUUCUGACAUGGUUUCUCCCGAGACUUGUGAACCUCUCAGGGAGAAAAUCACUCCUGGACAUUCAACAGCUUGUUACCACCUUUCCAACCAUUUGCGAUGCCCAAGUGGUAGAAACAAACCCACUUGGUUGCUACGACGGUGAGUUUCUACAGAAACAUAACCUGCAGUACAAUUGUGACAAUAACCAUUUUUUUCUUUUUGAUUUUUUGUGUUCCCAUUUGAGCUUUGUGAUUUUUUUUCCAAAGGAAAAGAAAAGGAAAAGAAGAAGAUUCUUGCCAUGUUCCCAACAUGAUACAUGACUGCUUAGUGUCUUGGACAGGGAAAUAGUUACCUGACAUGAAAGUUCCUGCUUGUAAUGGUAUGUUGAUUUGCAAGUCUCGAUUGAUGAUUUGUUUAUUUGUUUUUGUAACUUUGUGUGUAUUGACAAAUAAUUGAGUGAUUCAUCAUAGAUCAAAAUA